UCAAAUUAUCAAUUCGGUCUGGAACCUAAAGAGAAACACUUUUCUUUAUUUUCUUUUUUUUUUUUCUUCUGAGAAAAGAGCGUUCGAAGAAGAAGCUUUUAGAGCUAUUUCGAUUCUACAAUGGCGCUUGCUUCUUCUUCUUCUGCUUCUGCGAUUACCGGUUCCAGUUUCUCUCGUUCCAUUUCCGCCUCCGAGCCUAAAGCACCGCAAAUUGGUUCUGUUAGGUUGUUCAGUCGGCCUAAUGUACCAGCUUCGUCUGUGAAUUAUUCGCAGAGACGAUGCUCUAUAGAGCCUCUGCAUGCUGAACCAAAACGGAACGACUCCGUUGCUCCCUUGGCAGCAGCCUCCACUGCCCCUGAGGUGGUCGAGGAAGUGGAGGUUGAGGACUACGAGGGUUUAGCCAAAGACCUGGAAAGUGCUUCACCCCUUGAAAUUAUGGACAAAGCCCUAGAGAAAUUUGGCAAUGAUAUUGCUAUUGCUUUCAGUGGUGCUGAAGAUGUUGCUUUGAUCGAGUAUGCCCAUUUAACUGGUCGACCAUAUAGAGUUUUCAGCUUGGAUACUGGAAGAUUGAAUCCAGAAACAUACAAGUUCUUUGAUGAAGUGGAAAAACAUUAUGGUAUCCAUAUUGAGUACAUGUUUCCUGAUGCUGUUGAAGUUCAAGCAUUAGUUCGAAGCAAAGGGCUGUUUUCUUUUUACGAGGAUGGACACCAGGAAUGCUGCCGUGUGCGCAAGGUAAGGCCUCUGAGAAGGGCCUUGAAGGGACUAAGAGCAUGGAUCACUGGCCAAAGGAAAGAUCAAUCCCCUGGUACCAGGUCUGAGGUUCCUGUUGUGCAGGUGGACCCUGUUUUUGAAGGGCUGGAUGGUGGCAUUGGUAGCUUGGUCAAAUGGAAUCCAGUUGCUAACGUUGGCAGUAAAGACAUAUGGGACUUUUUACGAUCCAUGAAUGUGCCUGUGAACACAUUGCACUCACAAGGUUACGUCUCUAUUGGUUGUGAACCAUGCACGAGACCAGUUUUGCCAUGGCAACAUGAAAGGGAAGGUAGGUGGUGGUGGGAGGAUGCGAACGCUAAGGAAUGUGGUCUUCACAAAGGAAAUCUUAAGCAGGAAGAUCCAGCCCAGCUUAAUGGCGAUGCAAAUGGAAUUUCUACAGAUGCUGAUAUUUUUGAGUCUCAGAAUUUGGUGAGCUUGACUAGGGGUGGAAUAGAGAAUUUGGCUAGACUGGAGGGUAGAAAAGAACCAUGGAUUGUUGUUCUGUACGCACCAUGGUGCCGCUUCUGUCAGGCAAUGGAAGGUUCCUAUGUGGAAUUGGCCGAGAAGCUAGCUGGGACAGGAGUGAAGGUCGGGAAGUUUAGAGCCGACGGUGAAGAAAAAGAGUUUGCACAGCAGGAAUUGCAGCUAGGUAGCUUCCCCACCAUACUCUUCUUCCCUAAACAUUCCUCUCGGCCGAUCAAGUACCCGUCUGAGAAGAGAGAUGUUGACUCGCUUAUGGCUUUUGUAAAUGCUUUCCGAUGAUCGAAUCAGAAUGUUGUGUAAUACACAUGCAGAAAUGUGGCUAGCUCCAGGUUGAGUCAAUUAUACAGUUGACACAGGAAGCAGUCUAAAUUUUCGCCUAAUCAAGAGUAUGGUUAUUCCAUGUAGAUUUUGGGGUUUGGGUUAGCCGUAUUUCUUUAUUGUCUUAGUUAAUAUCCGUGUAUGAUUGAUUGUUGUAAUCAAAUCAGCGAAGGAUCAAGAUUACGUUGUUUGCUGUGAAAUUCGGCUUUGAUUAGUAGAAUCUUACGAGUUAUCCCUUUUCAAGAACUUGGGAACCUUUAACAA